UUUCUGGGAGGACAUCGAGUCAGACAGCGGAAAGGAGUGGAACUGAGUUGUUCAAAUAUUCACGAGGGAACACACGCGUUACAGUAAUUAAAAAAUAACUCGGGUAACUUUAUUGCUAUUUAAUAAGUGUAAUUAGUGCGAGUUCUUUGAAUAGAAUGACAAUUAUUUUCAUUGUUUACCGCUCUAACGCAUUUUGAAGGGGGCUUGUUACGGCUAUAAAUGGCGGCGGGCCUUGUCUCUUGAUGUUAUGGUUAACGAUACAUUAAAUGUAAUAAUUACGUAUGCAUCUAAGGUGCCUUAUAUUUGUGUUCAUAGUUGAUUGAUGUUUUUUUUUUCUUAAUUGUGUUUGUUCCCAUCACUGCCGUGUAUACGUAUUUUGUAUAACGAGCCGAGGCCUGUUCUUGACUAAUUUCGUCCCAGUUUCCAAAAUUGAAAAAAAAAAUCUCUUUAAAAAGGAAAUAUAAAUAGGCUGAAAAUCGAAAGUUUAGAAAUUAAUAUAGCAAUGCAGGUGUAUUCAUUAAGUUCCUAGAAUUUCUAAUUUAGUAACCCAGUUUGUUUUCGCCUACAGUAUCAACCUUGCAUAGCGAGUACUGUUUAAGAGCCUAUGCAUUACUUGAUUGCGUAAGUAGAAAUCGUUGAGUAGUUUAAUGUUAACUGUACAUACAUUACAGUGCAAACGUCUUUGGCACCGGGUUUUUUUUUUUUUUUAAAUAAAUACUGUCUUUUUUUUUUUCCUCUUAUGGAUUAGUGUGUCAAUAGAAAAUAGUAAACUUCAGAUUUUCCAACAUUUGUCUCCUAAAGUAUUAAAUAUGUUAAUUUAGUUUUCGUUAAAGUAAUGCAUUAAAAACUUUACCACUUCUGACGAUAAAAUUAUCACUUUUUAUGCCUGUAGCUCAGUGCAUUAUCAAACAAAGAUGACCAACCCUUACUUAUGACCAAUGAUAUAAAGAGUUGAUUUGAAAUAAACUGAUUAGUGACAGAUGUGAAGUCAAAUCCGUUCAAAAACCUUCAAAUCAAUUCUUACCAUGGCAAAAGUGAACAUGGCAACAAGAUACAAGAUAGUUCACCUGCAUCAGAAAGGUGUCUCCCAAGCAGAAAUUUCACGGCAGACAGGUGUUUCAAGAUGCGCUGUUCAAGCUCUUUUAAAGAAGUACAAUGACACUGGCAAGGUUGAGGACCAAAAACGCAGUGGUCGGCCACGGAAACUGAGUUUAUUGGAUGAGAGAUACAUAAAACUAGCUUCUCUUUUAAAUUUGAAAAAGUCCAGCACUGCUAUCAGCUCUGAACUUGCAGAAACAACUGGAACCCAAGUACACCCAUCUACGGUACAGAGGAGUCUUGUUAGAAGUUGUCUUCGUGGGCAAAUUAAUGAUAAAAAGAAACUUUUUCAAAGUGGAAGCAAAGUCAAGAGAGUUACUGGAAAAAAGAAACUUCUUCAAAGUGGAAACAAAGUCAAGAGACACACAAAAAUGUGAGGGCUAGGGUGUUGGAAGAGCAUUGAGUUCUGUGACAAUUGGAAAGGCCUCCACAGAGCCCUAAACAAGGUUGUCUGGGAUUCCCAAGAGAGACCGGAGCAAUGGUGACACCCAAAGUGUGCAGAAGAAUUGUGGCAAGUUCACUAAGGCACUUGUAACAAACUGCAAGCCAGAUUACUUCUAAAACUGCAUGACAGGAUAGCUAAGAGAACUGAUGCAGCUUUAAAGGCGAAGAGUGGUCAAAACAAGUGCCCCUUAUUGUACCUUUUUGAUGUUUAGAACAUUUUCAGUAUUUUUGAAAUCAUCUGCACAUUUCAGAUUUUUUUUAACGUGUGCCAAAGAUGUUUGCACAGUACUGUGGUGUUUGUGUUUUCUGGUUGAAAGGUAGUAAAAGCAAAGGGGCAACAAUGUUGUUAGUUGAGUGCUUUUACAAAAAAAACAGACAAGUGUACAGCGAUACACUAAUGGAUGUACAUAAAGUCUAUGAAGAGAAUAAAACGGUCCCAAAUGAGAGGGCUUGACUGUCAGAUGUCUCAUUGGUAGCCCACUUCAGCACAUGAUAAAGAUGCUUAGUGUAUUGAUCAAGUUUUACUGUAGGAUAGUAGGAAACAUUGUCACAUUUCUGGCGUAAAACAAGCAGGAUAAUUUUCAUUCUUGUAAGCAUUAACUUUUUCCAAAAAAUGUAACCUUUUAAUUGUUCAGGUUCCCCUGUUUGUACUGAUAAUUCUAGGUUUUCAUAAAGUUUUACCAGCAGAUACUUGGUCCUCAGAAAGCAAAACAAACAAUCUGUGGAGGACCAUAUUUUCAGUGAAAACCUUUUUUUUUCAUGGCUACAGUUUACAAUCUGGUUCUUUUCAGGGUUGCAAGUACAGCAUUUUCAUAUAGAGCAUCAUGUAUAAGCAUCUGUCACCUGAUUGUCAAGAUUCGGAGGCUAAUAACACUGAUCAAUAGUAAACAUUUUGUAUGACUGAAAAUAAGCUGUAUACAUGCUUACAAAAAACAUAUUGGGUGUAAUUAAGUUAUCAUUGUACAUUACUUUUAAAACAAUUCUGGGAACAUUUUGAAGCUACAUCUUUCAAAUUAGAAGAGGCUUUCUAUAUGUAGAAGUGUUUUUUUGUGACAGAUCAUAAAUCACAGCUUUUAUUUUCAAAGACUCAAAGAUGCCUACAAAUGCAGUAUUAAUUUGCUUUUAGACUCUUUAUAGUACCAGGAGACACUCCUGUGUCUCAAUUAGUGACAUCUGUGCAUGAAAUAGUAGUAUUUGCUUGAAAAGUAGAACUUCAUUCCGUACAUUAGCCUAUGCUAUACUUUUUAGGUUUGAGUUUACUUUGUCCCAUUGAGCUUGUUCUUAAGCACAGAUGAGUUGUCUCAAAAGGGAUGAUAUAAUAAAAUGGUCAUUUUUGGUAGCUAAUUCUUGUCCAGAAUUGUUUAAUAUUAAUUAUGUUUAAUGUUUUAUUACAGUUUUAUAAAUGUACUCCAUCCAGUUUAAUCUAAAUUUUGCUGGUUUCUGCCUUUCACAGUGGAACUUUCUUUGUGUUUAACCGAAAAUCCUGAGAAAGGGGGAGUGUUGUUUUUUUUCCUUUUUUUUUUUUUUUUUCUUUUUUCCCCCACUAGGUAAAAGAAGCUUAACUGUUUUCCUUCUUGAAGAUCAUUGGAUUGGCAUCAUAUUAUAUGUUUAUUUACAAAAUAUUUUGGAAGACAACUGAUUUCUCUUUGUGUCUGGCUGCUGGAAGUUUCUGGUAGCCCUCACCCCCCUUUUUCCCGCUCUUCUACACAGUCCUACAACUCAUUUAAUGAAGGCUGUGUUUAGAGAUUUUUUUUUAUUUUUUUUUUUUUUUUUUUUUAAACUUGCCUUUUUCACUGUGCUGUCACAAAAAGCACAAAAGUGAAGUUUUAACCCUCCAUUUUAAACACACACCAACAUACUCACAAACAUACAUACAAAGAACAUAUUUUUCUUCCAAGUCCUUUGUUGCUUGGCUGCUUAGAGAUCUGGCCAUGCAUGAGCAAGAGAAAGCUUGUUGGUGAUUUAUAUCAGCACCACAGUGUGACGGAGUGGGGGAAAAUAGAAGAGUAUUUGAAGGCCUCUGUCAAUAUAACUCAUCGAGUGAGUGUUCCUUCAGGCCCACAGGACGAGCUGGUUGGAAGUGGGUUGAAAAGGGUGGACCCACUGAACCCAAACAGGAGGUAUCUGAGGGCCUAAUGGUGAAGUUAAGAAGUCAUUCAAGAAGAAAACUUGCCAGCCCUUAAAGAAAAUAGUGUCCGCAAGCAAUCUUCAUAUUUCCUGGAAUUCAUUUUGUACCAAAGCUCAGUCGUGAUGUCCAACCAAGGAAAUGAUUGUUACUUUUACUACUACUCUACGUGCACUAAGGGUGACAGCUGUCCAUUUCGUCACUGCUCUGCUGCAUUGGGCAGUGAGACCAUAUGUACCUUGUGGCAAGAAGAACGUUGCUUUAGAAAGGUUUGCAAGUUUCGGCACAUGGAGAUAGAAAAAAAGCGAAGUGAGAUCCCCUGCUAUUGGGAGAAGCAGUCUGCUGGUUGUCAGAAGGUGAACUGUGCUUUUCACCAUGAGAAGCCUCGUAUUAUUAAUGGACAAUUUCUUCCUGCAAGUAAAGCACAUCCCAAAAAAGAAGUAGAAGAGGAAGAGCAGCAACCCCCCCAAACUGCAGUUCAGUCAUCUGCACCUGCAAAUCCACCAAAUCCCCAGCUGCGUGGGGUAAUGAAAGCUGAGAAUUCCGAGAAUGUUCCUAGUCCUACUCAUCCCCCAGUUGUCAUUAACCCUGUGGAUGAUGAUGAGGAUGAUGAUGAUCAGUUGUCUGAGGAGGGAGAAACUGGAUUGGAAAGAUCAGAUGACCCACCAAAUUCGUUGCAGUUUAUUUCAGCAAGGUCAAUUGGAAAUUCAAAACAAGAUAGCACCUUCAAUUUUGGUAUUAAAACACUUGAAGAAUUACGACUCAAAAAGGCAGUGACACAGAGUCAAAAGAAAACUGGUGAUGGAUUGGAUUCUUUGAAUUCUGGUCAUGAGAAACAUCAGGCAGCCGUGGAGAAAGAGAAUUUGAGGACUGUGUGCCUGAGUUCUUCAUUUACCAAGGAAGAAGGAAUUCUGCCAGUGAAAUGCACCAUUGCACAACGGUUAAGCAAGAGAAAAGCUGAAAUUGAUGGGGAUGGUGUGGUAAUCAAAAAAGUUUUUCCAGCUGAAACCGAGAUAGUCCCAAAACGUAGUCUCAUGGAGAGACUAGGCCGGAAGCUGGAACCUCUUGAAGAUGGCACAGUUUCUAAAAAAGGUCCAAGUUCAAGGUCUAUCAAAGAUCGACUUGGUAUACCAGCUUAUGAGAGAACAGCUGAAACAGGCAUUUCAACAGAUAAUGGCAGUCCAGCAAAAUCAAAAGGUGAAAUCCAUGUGAAAACAUUGGAGGAAAUCCUCUUGGAGAAAGCCACCAAAUCACUGGGUAGCGGGAGCCGAAACAGAUCUGCUCAGGCUUCAUCCGAAGUUGGUGAAAUUCCUGGGCGGAAAACCCAAAAUUCUCCAAAUAAUAGAGUGAAAACUUUUUCAGAAAUGCUUCAUGCUAAGAAACACAGCAAAGAACACAGUAAAAUUGUUGGAAGUUCCCAAGCCGAGUUGAUGGCCUCAAAUAGUGAGAGGGAGAGUGAAAGCUCUUCUCCCCAAACUGAAUUUAUUGAAAAAGGUGCUUUAUGUACUGAGGAGGUUCGAGUAAAGACGCUAGAAGAGAUCCGCAAGGAGAAAGCAGCUCGCUUGCAGGCAUCCACUGUGGGUGGAAAUGCAGAAAAAAUUGUAACUUGCGAAGAUCAGAAAACUCAACCCAUUACCAAGAGGCGAAUACUAAGAAUUGGCAAGACUAUAGUACCUAUGAAAAGCGAGAAGAAUGUACAACAAUGUGAAAACAUGACUUCUGGGCAAAUUACAGAACCUGUAUCCAGUAUAUAUGAGAAGGUGUCAUCUUCAGUUGACAAAGUACAGGUCAAAAGCUUCGAGGAAAUAAUGAGAGAGAAACGACUACGGAAAUCUCAAGAAAUCUCUGGAAGGGAGGAACCUACACCAGGAAAAAAGGGUAUUGUUACGCUGUCAUGUGUCCAAAGGUGUGAAAUGCAGAAAGCUGAGACUACUCCAAUCCCUGUCAUGAAGAGUGAUACACUUUUAUCUGCCACCAACACUGCAAAUGAUACAGUCUCUGGCCCCAUCAAGAGACGGAGACUUGAUCCUGUGCUUCUUAAGCAGAACCAGAAAACCAAAGAUUCUUCAGAGGUACCCAACGUCAACCUAAAGAAGCCCUCCUCAAGCAAGAACUCUGAAAGUCCUGAAUUGCAACUUGCUUCUGUGCAGAACAGUGAGGAGUCUAAUCUCGCCAGUUUAGAAAUUGACAAUGGCACCAGCAAGGAUCAAGACAAACCUCAGCGUAUUACACAGAUGGAAAGGCUUAAAGCAGUAGCAUCAGAGUGUAAACCAAAAGUGAGGCCAAAACUGAAUGUGAAGCCAUCAGUAAUGAAUCCUCCUCCAGUGAGACUCGCUCAAAAACGCAAAUCCCUUGAGAGCCAGCCUUCUGCCAUUGCUGCUGUCAAGCCUCUUAACAGUGCUGCAUCUUCCAUGGAAAAUAAAGAAUCUUCUAGCUGCAUUGUGCAGGCACCAGGCUCUUCGGUUUCAUCUGAAGAUCAUCAGAUCAUGGUUAUAAAAGCACAGCUGGGUGAACCUCAACAGAAAAUAUCUCCUUUACAGAUUGCUCAUACAGAAACAGUGAAAAUUGCAUCCAGAGAGCCAGGGGUUCCAGAAAGCCCCUGUUCUCAGAAGUCAGCAUCCCAGAUGAAAACCCGCAGGCAAAGCUCUGCCUCUUCCCGGGUUCCUGUUGGGGCAGGGGGUCCUGCUGCUGUAGAUGACUUUGAAGAGUUCAUUAAGGAGUUCUCCGAUGACCCUCUAGAGGAUGAAAUUGAGCUAGACCCAGCAGAGGGAGAGGAUGAUCUACUUCUAGAGCUUUCCAAGAUAAUAAACAGUUAGUGGCAGAAGCUGCCACUUGGACACCCAAGUGAAAACAACCUCUGAAGCAAAUGUGCAUCUUUACUCCCAUAAUUCAUCCAGAAUGGGAUUUAUCUUUUUCCAAUUUUUGGGUGAUAAGAAUAAGUAGCAAAAAUUGAGGUGCUACAACUGACUAGUGACAGUUCAUUUGAGAAGUCCUAUGUUAAAUAUACAUACAAAGAAAUAAAAAAUUCUCAGUUUUUUAAUGAGAAUGUAUAUAUUUGCACUGCCUUAAUUGUUUUAGGCUUUUAAAAUUAAUCAUCUUUUGACACUGCUCCAUGAAGCCUUGGCUUACAAUUUUAGCAUCAUGUAUUUUGAUUUUGUAAACAUUUACCAAUUAAAUGUUGUAACGUUAGUAUUUUAUGUUCCCAAAGGGAAUAAUAUUUCAGAUGUUGCAGUGGGGUAAUCUUGGUAUGGCACCAGACAUUUUGAUACAUAAAAUAAGCCUACUGCUUUUUUCUUUUUUUUUUUUUUUGUUUGAAUGAGGGAUAAAAAAAAACAAAAUCAGGUGUCCUUUUUUUUAAGACAAUCUUGGGAGAAUGGUGUAAGGGGUGGAGAUGUUGCAAGUCAAUUUUUUUUCCAUCAGUGUAUGAUUUCACACCCCAUUUAGGAAUACUUUUACAUCUUCCAUAUAAAUACAUAUACAAUUCGGUAGGCUUUUGAAGUAAGGGAGUCGUGUUUUGGAGAUUUUUUUUCCAAACUCGGUCAUUUAGCACAUUACUCUUAAGUGAGUGAAAUAAUUCAUUUAUUUGUUAUUGUGGUUUGUUAUUAACCAUGUUGUAUUUUUUUUUUCUGAUUUAGGCCUAAUUUUAUUUGUUACACUACGUUUGUUUAUGCAUUUACAGUUUUAAAAAGAGGCAUUUCAGUCUCUCUGGUAUAGUAAUGACAUUAAACAAACUUAGCAUUUUAGGUAGCUCAUUUUAUGGACCAAUCCCUUUUUAGUAUGAGGCUUCAUUACUAGCCACUAGCUUUUUGUUGAAGUACAAUGCUUGACUUACAUUAGUCACUUUUUUGGGUCAUGUAAAACAUGCUGUGGUAGUUUUGUUUCAUAUGGUCCCUGUUGAAUAUUAACUGUAACAUGCAUUGAAGUUACAAAUUGUAAAGUUGUGUGUGUGUGUGUGUAUGUACACACUUUUGUAUAUAUGUUUUUUUAGAAACAUGUCUUAUUAGAAAACUAUAUCAAAUCUAAAGCUUCUCAGGGAAUCCACCUGCAAAAUCUAAUAGAAAGAAAAGGUGAAAGUUAGAAAUGCUUUACAGAAUCCUUUUGUGUGCAGCUGAUUAAGGAAAUACAUACAAGUAAUAUCUUGAAGAGCUAUACACAAGCUGAAACAGACCUUAUACUAAGCCAGGUUUUAAGCUCUUAAUUCUUUCCUUAUGAUUUCAGAAGUCUGAGACAACCUGAAUUAUUGUAAUGUGUGCAUAUGGAUUGUUUUGGUUUUCUUGUACAGUUCUACACAGCUUGUUUUAUUGUGCAUUCUGAAUCAUAUAUAAAUAAAACUAUUUUUUUAAAGCUAAAA